AUGUCUUCCCUUUUGAGUACACCUGGUGGUGAGAAAUGGACCGCACCCAUUGUAAGGUCAACUUUUUUGGACUUUUUCAAGGACAACAGCCACACCUAUGUCGCUUCGUCGUCGGUGGUUCCUCACAAUGACCCUACCUUGUUGUUUGCCAACGCCGGUAUGAACCAGUAUAAGCCAAUUUUCUUGGGAACAGUGGACCCUGCGAGCGACUUUGCUUCUUUGAAGAGAGCCGUCAACUCGCAAAAGUGUAUCCGUGCCGGCGGUAAACACAACGAUUUGGAAGAUGUUGGUCGAGACUCGUAUCACCACACUUUUUUCGAAAUGCUUGGUAACUGGUCGUUUGGAGACUAUUUCAAAAAGAAAGCCAUUGGCUGGGCUUGGGAGCUUUUGACCAAAGUUUAUGGCUUGGAGAAGGAUAGAUUGUACGUCUCCUACUUUGAAGGUGACGCCAAGCAGGGGUUGCAGCCAGAUUUAGAAGCUAAGCAGUUGUGGCUAGACGUCGGUGUUGCCGAAGACCAUAUUUUGCCCGGUAACGCCAAGGACAAUUUCUGGGAAAUGGGCGACCAAGGUCCUUGUGGUCCAUGUUCCGAAGUGCACUAUGAUAGAAUUGGAGGCAGGAACGCUGCCUCCUUGGUGAACAUGGACGACCCCAACGUGUUGGAGAUCUGGAACUUGGUGUUUAUCCAGUUUAACCGUGAGGCCGAUGGCUCGUUGAGACCAUUGCCAAACAAGCACAUUGACACCGGUAUGGGUUUUGAAAGAUUGGUGUCUGUCUUGCAAAACAAGUCUUCGAAUUACGAUACCGAUGUGUUUUUGCCGAUAUUCGAGAAGAUAAGAGACAUCACCGGCGUCAGACCAUACACUGGGAAAUUUGGCUUUGAGGACACUGACGGUAUUGAUACCGCGUAUAGGGUGAUUGCCGACCACGUGAGAACUUUGACAUUUGCAAUCUGCGACGGCGGUGUGCCAAAUAACGAAGGCAGAGGCUAUGUGUUGAGAAGAAUCUUGAGGAGAGGAGCGCGUUAUGUUCGUAAAUACAUGAACUAUCCCAUUGGGUCUUUUUUCCUGCAGUUGGUCGACGUUGUGAUUGACCAAAACAAGGCGAUUUUUCCCGAAAUAAGCAGCGGUGCUGCAGACUUGAAAGAGAUCUUGAACGAAGAGGAGCUUUCGUUUGCAAAGACCUUGGACCGUGGUGAAAAAUUGUUUGAACAAUACGCCAUUAUUGCUUCAAAAACUCCCGAGCAGACCUUGUCUGGUAAAGAUGUAUGGAGAUUAUACGAUACAUAUGGGUUCCCCGUGGACUUGACAAGAUUGAUGGCGGAAGAAGCCGGCUUAAAGAUUGAUGAGGAAGGGUUUGAAGUUGCAAAAGAAGCAUCAAGAGAAGCCUCGAAAGGCGCAGGUGCUAAAGACGGUGCGACAUUGGUCAAGUUGGACGUGCACGCGUUAUCUGAGUUGGAUGGCAAAGGUGUGGCCAAGACUGAUGAUGAGGCCAAGUAUGGACUUGACAAUAUCAAGGCCAAAGUUCUUGCAAUUUACGACGGCAGCCUGUUUGUUGAUUCGAUCGAACGGAAGGAGGAGGAGGAGGAGGAUAAUAAUAAUAACGCUGAGGAAAAUGCCGAGGGGAAAGAACAAGUUAUACUGGGACCUAAGCAAUGCGGGAUUUUGUUGGACAAGACGCCGUUUUACGCUGAGCAAGGUGGUCAAGAGUAUGACACUGGUAAACUAGUGAUUGACGGAAAGACCGAGUUUAACGUGGAGAAUGUCCAAGUUUACGGAGGAUAUGUGCUACACACAGGUUAUCUUCUUGAAGGAGGCUUGCGCGUCGGAGACGACGUUGUUGCCGCAUACGACGAAUUAAGAAGGUGGCCAAUCAGGAAUAACCACACAGGUACUCAUGUGUUAAACUACGCCUUAAGAGAGACUCUUGGCGACAGUGUAGACCAAAAAGGAUCCUUGGUUGCCAGAGAAAAGAUGAGAUUUGAUUUUAGUCAUAAGCAAGCGUUGACUCCCAAAGAGUUGGCAAAUGUCGAGGCAGUGUCCAAUCAAUACAUCAGGGACAACAAGCAAGUUUACUACAAAGAUGUCGCCUUGGCAGAGGCAAAGGCAAUCAAUGGGUUGAGAGCUGUGUUUGGCGAGGCAUACCCUGACCCUGUGAGGGUAGUUUCCAUUGGUGUUCCUGUGGAAGAUUUGUUGAGUGACCCCGAAAAUGAGGAAUGGAGAUCCAUCUCCAUCGAAUUCUGUGGUGGUACGCACGUGGCCAAGACGAGCGAAAUCAAAGACUUGGUCAUCAUUGAGGAAUCAGGUAUCGCCAAGGGAAUAAGGAGAAUUGUUGCUGUUACUGGACACGACGCUCAUGCCGUGCAAAGAGCAGCCAAAGAGUUUGAAUCCGAAUUGGAUGCUGCCAAUGCUAUGCCAAACGGAGCUGCCAAGGAAGGCAAAGUGAAGGAGUUGGGAACUGCUUUGAAAAAAUUGACAAUCUCGGUCUUGGACAAGCAAAAGUUGAGCGACAAGUUCAACAAGGUAGACAAAUCUGUCAAGGACAGUUUGAAGCAGAUACAAAAGGAAGAAACCAAGAAAGUGACCGAGUUGGUGAACAAGUGGCUCGACGACAAGGAAAACCCAAAGGCUUAUCUUGUUGCUCGUGUCCCCAUCAGCGCCAACUCCAAAGCCAUCACCGAAGCAUUCAAUCUUGUCAAGAAAAAGGACAAGACAAGAUCAAUUUAUUUAUUCACGGGCGGCGACGACAAGGUUGCACAUGGAUGCUACAUCAGUGACGAGGCCAUUGCCAAGGGAAUAAAUGGAACUGAUUUGGCCGAUGUUGUCAGUGGGAAAGUAGGUGGCAAAGCUGGUGGUAAGGGCAACAUCAUUCAAGGAACUGGGGACAAUUCAGGUGGUAUCGACGAAGCUAUUGACCAAGUGUCAGAGUUAUUUAGACAGAAAUUAUAA